GUCAAUUUAAAAGUCUGUGUUAAUUGAGUUGAAUUGAAGUGAAUUUAACUAAUGGUUUAAAAGUAUAUAAUUGAGUAAAAGUACUGAAAAUCAAAGUUUGCAUUCAUUUACAGCAAAAUAGUUACAAAUCAUUGAAUGAAUGAAUCGUUUGUUGAGUUUAUUAUCACAAACUGUUUGCAAGACUUAUCGCAAGAGUUGUUUACAUUUGGGAUCAUUUGAUUCAGUGGUAUAUAGAGGUGGCAGUGAUUGCAGACAAUCGGCCAAAAUGUCGACCGAAACCAACGCUUCCCAACCCAAGAAGACUUUGGUGGGCGUCUGUCAGCUCAGUGUCGGCGCCGACAAAGACCUUAACUUCAGGACCGCUGAGAGUCUGAUCCGAAAGGCUUCGGGAAUGGGAUGUGAAGUAGUUUUCCUUCCGGAAUGCUUUGACAUGAUAUGCGAGACACAGAAGGAUAUCAUGGCUAACACGGAACCCAUCGAUGGACCACUUAUUUCCAGAUACAAACAAUUAGCUAAAGAAACCAAAGUUUGGCUCUCUUUAGGAGGUCUUCACGAGAAAAAGACUCAUUCGGACGACGGAAAGGCAUUCAAUGCGCACCUCAUGAUCGACAACAACGGAUCCGUGGUGUCUGUCUAUAGAAAAGUGCAUUUGUUUAAUCUGGAGAUCCCGGGAGUGGUCCGACUCGUGGAGUCCGAGUUCUCGACGGGUGGCGAUCGAGUGGUGCCUCCCGUCGCCACACCGGCCGGUAAUAUAGGUCUUGGGAUCUGUUAUGACUUGAGGUUCGCUGAGUUCGCCAUAUCGUUGGCGAAGUCUGGAGCAGACAUUCUAACCUAUCCGUCGUCGUUUACAGUGCCCACCGGCUCAGCGCACUGGGAGUCACUUCUUCGCGCCCGGGCUAUAGAGACGCAGUGCUAUGUCGUGGCCGCCGCUCAGACCGGAGCCCACAAUAAGAAACGCUCGUCUUAUGGACACGCAAUGGUGGUGGACCCGUGGGGCGCCAUCAUUGGCCAGUGCAGUGAUGGCAUUGGCCUCUGUGUCGCACAAAUUGAUUUGGAUUUCUUGCAAAGUGUGAGACAAAAGCUUCCCGUUUGGAGCGACAGAAGACCCAAUCUCUAUGGGAAUAUCAUUCCCGCCAUUGAUUUGGUUCAUAAAACAGACAGUAAUAGCGAGGAGUCGUUCGCAUUUGGACCGACAGCUGUUGUUAAAGCAAGUCAAGUGUUUUGUAGGACAGAUCACUCCAUAGCGUUUGUCAACCACAGACCAGUACUGGCCGGUCAUGUAUUGGUCGCUCCGAUCAGAGACGCCAAAAGACUUCAAGAUCUUAGUCGCGAA